UUGUUUGCCAACGCUACAGUACUGUCACUCCAAAAGAGUCUUACAUUUUGACCUUCCCGGAGAGGCUUGACUUCAGUUAUGAGUUUUCGCUUGCGAAAAUUUAGCCUCGUACUCUUCGUGUUUAGUUUUUUCGUAGGAAUACAGUUCGUCUCCUUUGUUUGGUUGAAUUCAAAAGGAAAGACAAUCAACUAUUUCCAAGGAUUUCAACAUCCAAUCCACAAUAACAGUCAUAAUGGUAGUUCUAUGAGAAGCCCUAAAGAAACACCUUCAUUCAUUCCUAAAGAAAGCCCUAAAAUUACAAACGAUGAAGCAAUGCGAACGGAAACUAAAAGCCCGCAAAGAACGACUACUUUACGACAGACCUCUCCAUCUACAACCACGAGCAAUAAUUCAAAAAUAUCGCCACCAACAGCAAAGACAAUUGAUAUGGAAAAUGAAUACCACCCGCUUGUAAACUUUUCGUUCGUGUGGCCAGAAACGACACCAGAUUUGAAAGGCGAACGAGACUUUUUUCUGGUUGUGCUCGUGAAUUCAGCCGCUAAAGGAAAGAAGUACAGAGCUCGCCGUAAUGCCAUCAGAAAAACAUGGGCAAAUAUGACUAAUUGCGAACAUUCGAAAAUGAAACAAAAUCCUACAUUACAACAGCUCAGAUGGAUUCUAGUAUUUUCUUUGGGGAAGGCAGACGAUCCUGGCGAAAACGAAGCAAACGCCGAAGAAUCUAAAAAUCACAACGAUUUACUUAUUGGCGAUUUCCUUGACCAUUAUCUGAAUAAUGUCGUUAAAGUAUUUAUGGGUGAAUUGUGGGUAUCAACAAUGAAUGUCCGCUAUAUUCUCAAGACAGAUGACGACGUUUAUGUUCGAAUACCUUCGGUUAUCGAAUGGAUUGUGGUGCAGAACUACCCCAGUUCAUUCUAUGGCGGUGCUCCAUAUUUCAACUUUAAAGUGGAUCGAAACCCUAACGGAAAAUGGGCAGUGAGCAAGCGAUAUUUUGAAGAGGAUAUCUUUCCUCCUUUUUGUGCUGGAGCUUUUUAUGUUCUUUCAACAGAUAUCUUAAGCAAAAUGUUUAAUUAUGUGCGACGAAGGAAACCAUUUCAUACGGACGAUGCCUAUGUUGGUAUUGCCGCUCGAGAUUUGAGUAUUCCUGUUAAAAGAAUCCCCGGUCUCCUACUUGAGGACAAUAUGCCAAUUUUUCUAGGUAGCUUUAAUGAUUGUAGGUUAUUACAAGCCAGAGGAUUUGGACACAGUAUUGAGCCCCCUUUAAUGAACGCGGUUUUUAAUCGAUUAGACGAACUAUGCGUCAGAAACGCCACUUGUUAACCCGCGACAAAAGGUAGGAUUUAUAACUUCAUUGGUAAUAUUAAGAAUGCUAUGAUUUGAUGGGACACUUAAUACUAGUACCAGAACACGUUGGAAUUUGUAUUGGAACGCUAUCUGUUUAUGUAUGUAUGUACCGUAUGUUCACGAGACGCGACAGUACACGAUAAAGUAUUCUAACUCUUUGGCAAUUGACGAAAAAAAUAUUUAAAAACAUUGCUAGAAGAUGUAUUGAAAGACUCAAGCAAGUUUAAUAUUUUCUAAUCAUUUAGUUUUCGAAAUCACAGAUUUCGCGCAUGCAGUAAAACCAAACCCUCUUUCGCAAACAAACGUUUUUAAGGUCGUCUCGCAACGCUUCUCUCACCACCAACCAGAGCAGCGUUGCGUCUGCGAAGCCGAGACUAAUCAAAAACAUGAAAUAAAAACAAAGUUGAUAGACUGGCAAAUAGCGCUAUUUAGCGACUAAUAGUUGCUAUCAUUCAGCCAGAGCAUAAUUACAGCUCCUAAUAAUAAAGUUUUUCAAGUAAACUUUGAAAAGGUCCCUGCGUAGGAGCCUUUACAGAAUUCGUGUCCGUGCUGUAUCGACUCUAAAAACGCUUCGUAAACCCGAUACAGCACGGCCACUCAUUCUGUAAUCUUCACCUAAUAUUUAUCAGUAUAAACUUUGUUUUUAUUUCUAGUUGUUACGCACGACAGAGUGAUUUCUAUAAACCCGUGAAAUAAAUGUUAGAAAAAUAAUCAUUAAUACAAACUAGUACGACUCUAAAGCCUGGUUCACACGAGCAACGCAAACGCAAACGCAAGAAAACUACGUGUGAACUACAGUAACACAAACGCAAACGCAAGGAAUGGAAAAUUUUCCAUUUUCUUGUGCUUGCGUUUGCGUUGCUCUUGUCAACCAGGCUUAAACAAUGAAAUAAUAAAACAUAGUCAAUAGCUGCUAAAAUCACUCUAACAUCGACCAAUCACCAGCAGUUUUCUAAAGUGACGGUCUUAACUUGUUUGAUGAACUAAACCACCUACGAAGCUUUGUUCAUAUUUAUUCAAAUUUUAGUCUGAAACAAUUCAAUAAAUUUAAGUUUUGAAUGCCACUGUUURAAUAUUAAUAAAUUACGUUUAGCUUGAA